GCUCAAUUAAGAGGCCGUCAUGGCGGAAACUCUGGAGGAUUUGAUUGAUAAAGCCACGGAUCCUUCUAAAACUAAGGACGGCGUGGACUACUCGACACCAGUAUGCGACAGAAUAAAUGUGGACCUAGAUGGACCAACAAUUGGGAUCCGUUACAUGGCGACAAAGGUCAAAAGCGCGAGGGAAGACGAGGCUCUUUUAGGACUGGACCUAAUUGAAACCUGUGUCAAAAACUGUGGUCAGAGAUUCCACAGUGAAGUUGGAAAAUAUAGAUUCUUGAAUGAACUCAUUAAAUUGAUAUCUUCAAAGUACGAUGGUGACUGGACAGCUGAACCAGUGAAGAAACGCAUUAUUCAGUGUAUGUAUAGCUGGAGUGUAGGUUUACCAAAGGAGACCAAAAUUGCAGAGGCUUACAAGAUGCUAAAAACACAAGGAAUUGUUACCACAGACCCACAAGAUCCUUAUGCUCAAACUGCUGCUGAAAAUCCUCCUGACAAACCAAAAGAUACAAUAUUCCAGGAUGAAGAAAAAUCAAAGCUGCUGGCUCGUCUUCUGAAGAGUACUCAUCCCGAAGAUUUACAAGCUGCCAACAGACUGAUCAAGACCAUGGUUAGACAGGAUGAAAUGAAGAUGGAGAGGCUGGUGAAAAGAAAUACAGAAAUGGAAACUUGCUGUAAUAAUAUCAAGCUUCUGACAGAGAUGUUGAAUCAUUAUGGUCCUUCUUCUCCAGCCCAGGAUAAGGAACUCAUGAAGGAACUGUAUGACUCCUGUGAUAAAAUGAGACCACAAUUGUUUAGACUGGCCAGUUCAGCCACAGAAGAUGGCGAUGAAGGAUUAGCUGAAAUCCUCAGAGUGAAUGAUGACUUAUCAAGAGUAUUAGAGUAUUAUAAAAGGAUAUUUGGAUUAGCUCCAGCAGCACCCACUACACCAAGUAGUCCUGGGCCACUUUCUACAACCCAGACGGCAAAUUCUGAAGUCAGUUCUCCUACUGGUGCUUCCACUCUUAUUGAUCUGGGCUCUGGAGGCCAACAGGGAACAUCAAUGGAAACUCCAGCAUCCAGUGUUUUGGAAAAUGAACUUAAAGCCUUAGGUCUUCAUGAUCUAGAUGGGCCUCCAGUAAAUAGCAAUUCUCAGAUACCACUUCAGCAAGCCCCUCAGCAGCCUGGUGUUGCAGGACCGUGGGGUGCACCAGCCCAGAACUAUGGUAUUCUGCCACCACCUUCCACUACAGUAGGUGUGGUCAGACCCAUGGGUCAGCCUCAGGUGGCUGGCAUGAUGCCCCCCAUUUAUAUGGGUGCAGGGCAGAUGAACCGAAUGCCAUUCCAAGCCAUGUCUCCUGGCACAAUGUCCAUGGGGCCAAGGCCAGGACCACUGAGUAUGGGUGUCAGUAGCUUUACCAUGCCAACUGCUGGUUCAUUACCUCGUGGGAAUCUCCCUGCAGCAGGAGGUAGGAAGGCAGAAGAGCAGGCAAGGGCGCCAAGUGCGUUGGACUUACUUGGUCAAGAGUUACUACAGACCCAGAAGCAGCAGCAGAAGCAGAAACAAACCGUCGCUCCUCUGCAAGAGAAACCUGCACCUGAGCAGCAGCAGGCAGCAGCCCCUACAGCUGACAGUCUUUUGUCGUUAGGAAUAGAGCCAAGCCCUUCAACCCUCCCUGUCAGUGUUAGUUCAUCGUCAUCUGCCGCUUUUCCUUCAGUACCUUCUCCACCAAAGCCAACCCCUCCGCCCUCUCUAGACAAUGUCUUUGUUCCUUUAGAUACCAUUACACCAGGAAGCCAUCCACCACUAACAGUUCUCGAUAAAAACAGCAUCAAAUUAAUUUUUCACUUUGCUAAGACGAGCGCAGAGUUGACCAGGAAAGACUUACUGGUUGUUGUGAUUUCCACUAUGAGCUCACUAUCAUCUGCAGUUAAAAAUUUCGUUUUCCAGGCAGCAGUACCAAAGACAAUGAAGGUGAAGCUUCAACCUCCAUCUGGCAGCGAGUUGCCAGCAUAUAAUCCUAUCCUUCCUCCGUCAGCCAUUACACAAGUUAUGUUGAUUGCCAAUCCAGCAAAGGAAAAGAUCAGAUUAAAGUACAAAGUAAGUUAUCAAGUUGAUGGCACUCCCAUGACGGAAACUGGCGAGGUGGACAGCUUCCCUAUUGAUGUUCAAGGAUAAAUCGAAUGAUGAUUUCAAGCCUCUGCUUGCGAUGAGUAUUGAUAAUAGGACGGGAUGGCGUCCAGUUCUGUCUGUAAUUAUUAGAGUAACUUGCGGGAGUCCGAUUUGUCCAAAACGAGUAUGAUUAUAGACAGAAUUGGACUAAAAGUAGUCCUAUUACCAAUGAAUCAAAACUAUGACAAAAUCUGAGAAACAUACCAGCUAUCGGUGACACGUUUUAUUCAGAAAAAAAGCAGUUAGCUCUGCGAAAUGAACGGCAACAGCGCUCGCGUGCAUGAAGGGUACUGUCCAAUUAAACAGGCAUGACGCGUACACUGUUCAAGCACACCGUGCGCUGCCCAAUUUGUGUUCAAAUCGGGCGGAUGGCAGCCAAUCACGUUCGAGAAUUUUGUUGCAGUUUUGAUCUAGACAGUAGUUAAAUUCAAUGAGGAAGACUUGUUCGUGACUGUUAAAAAUUUAAACCCAAGCUUCUAAAGUAAAAUUAUAUCACAAACGGUAUGUAACACUCUCUUAGACGUUUUCAAAAUUAAAAUUAGUCAGAAAAAGUUCCACUAGGCUCAAGGGGAAG